CCCGCCACUCCUCCUCCUCCGUCACUCCCAAAAUGGCCGAGAAGAGGAAACGCCGCCGCGCCGACGCCGACGCCGACGCCGACGACGACGACGACGAGCUCCCCUUCAAGAACUGCCUCAAGCCCGACCCCGUCAUCCUCCAGAUCCUCCGGUCCCUCACCGCCUCCUCCGCCGCCGCGGCCUCCUCCUCCUCCUCCUCCGCCGGGGCCAAAACCCUAACCCUCGCCGACCUCGCCCUCUCCUCCACCUGCCGCGAGGUCGCCGACCUCUCCCUCUCCUCCGUGCAGUCCUCGAUCGAGUCACUCAUCCUCCGCAUCGCCCGCUCCAUCCUCGGCGGCGACGGCUUCGCCUUCGACGUCCCCUCCCGAUCCUCGGCGAACCAGCUCUACGUCCCCGAGCUCGAUCGCAUCGUGCUCAAGGACAAGAACACCCUCCGCCCCUUCGCCAACGUCUCCAGCGUCCGCAAGUCCACCAUCACCGCCCGCAUCCUCCAGCUCAUCCACCAGCUCUGCGCCAAGAGCAUCCACGUCACCAAGCGGGACCUCUUCUACACCGACGUCAAGCUCUUCCAGGACCAAUCGCAAUCCGAUUCAGUCCUCGACGACGUGUCCUGUAUGCUGGGGUGCACUCGGUCAAGCCUCAAUGUGAUUGCUGCCGAGAAGGGAGUCGUUGUGGGCCGGCUUAUUUUCAGCGACAACGGUGACAUGAUCGAUUGCACGAAGAUGGGGAUGGGAGGGAAGGCAAUACCCCCGAACAUCGAUCGGGUCGGCGAUAUGCAGAGCGAUGCGUUGUUCAUACUCUUGGUGGAGAAGGACGCUGCCUACAUUCGAUUGGCAGAGGAUCGGUUCUACAACAGGUUUCCGUGCAUCAUCGUCACGGCUAAGGGCCAACCAGACGUCGCCACCAGGCUGUUCUUGAGGAAGAUGAAGAUGGAACUCAAGCUGCCGGUGCUCGCGCUCGUGGACAGCGACCCUUAUGGAUUGAAGAUUUUGUCGGUUUAUGGGUGCGGGUCAAAGAACAUGUCGUACGACAGUGCCAACUUGACGACCCCUGACAUCAAGUGGUUAGGGAUAAGGCCAAGCGACCUGGAUAAGUAUAAGAUACCGGAGCAGUGUCGGUUGCCCAUGACGGAGCAGGAUAUAAAGACGGGGAAGGACUUGUUGGAGGAGGAUUUCGUGAAGAAGAACCCGGGGUGGGUCGAGGAGCUGACCUUGAUGGUGAAGACGAAGCAGAAGGCAGAGAUUCAGGCUCUGAGCACUUUCGGGUUUCAGUAUCUGUCCGAGGUGUAUUUGCCCCUCAAGCUUCAGCAGCAGGACUGGCUCUGAGGAGAAGGAUUCUCA